AUGGCGAGAGUUUCUAUUUUGUUAUGUUUGGUUCUAUUGAUUACAUUAGGAGUUGUGAUUAGUGUCUCAUUUGCCGACAACAUUGAAGUGAAAUCAACGGAACAUAACAUUGAAGUGAAAUCGUCGGAACAUUCGGAGAGCAGUAAGAAAGAAAAGAAUGUUGAUCAUUAUAGUAAACACAAAGAGAAAGGAGGAGAAAAGGUAAAUAAUGAUCAGAAUCUCAAUAAAAAGGACGAAAAGAAAGAGCAUGAUGAUCUGCAUAAAAAGAGAAAAUCUGGAGAUAUUGUUCUUGGUUAUGAUAGCAUCAAAAGCUACAAGACCGAUAAGGUCUACUUUGGAGCAACCGUGGGCCGAGUAGCAAAUAGAAUAGGAAAGGCUCAAUUCAAGUUGAAUGGUAAAGAGUACAAGACAAGUGCUAAUGAUGGCAAAAACACACUUCAUGGUGGAAAGAAAGGGUUUGGGGAUGUUGUUUGGGCAGUUACAAAACACCAGUAUGAUGGCAAAAAACCUCACAUUGUCUUCACUUACACAAGUCCUGAUGGAGAUCAAGGGUUUCCCGGAGAACUCAAUGUCACGGUGACAUAUAAACUUGUCAAAAACAAUGAAUUGAGUGUAGUGAUGGAGGCAAAACCAAAAGAUAAAGCAACUCCGGUCAACUUAGCUCAUCAUUCUUAUUGGAAUCUUGGUGGUCACAACGCCGGAGAUAUUUUUUCUGAAGAAAUUCAAAUCCUUGGCUCAAGUUAUACUCCCGUGGACGGUGAACUCAUUCCAACCGGACAAAUAUCUCCGGUCAAAGGAACACCGUAUGAUUUUCUCCAACUUCGUCCUAUUAAAGAUAAUAUGAAGGAUCUUAAAACAGGAUAUGAUAUAAACUAUUGUUUAGAUGGUAAGGCUGAGAAGAUGAGGAAAAUAGUGGAACUCGUAGAUAAGAAAUCGGGUAGAAAAAUGGAGUUAUCCGGAAACCAACCGGGUUUGCAAUUCUAUACCGGAGGAAUGUUAAAGGACAUUAAGGGGAAGAACGGGACUGUUUACAAAGCUUUUGCCGGAUUAUGUCUAGAAACACAAAGUUAUCCAGAUGCACUAAAUCAUCCAAAAUUCCCUUCACAAAUUGUUGAACCAGGAAAAAAGUACAAACACACCAUGCUAUUCAAGUUUUCGAUUGUUUCAUAG